UCGAGUUUUUAGGCCCGAAUGAUUUAAAGAAAAUGAAAAAUGGGUUUUAAUCGACGAACCGGGCCUUACGCUUGAACCCGUAAGAGGCGAGUUCAUGCCACGCGUCGGGCGCUGAGUGGCUUCUCCUUUCCGCGUUGACGACGAGGUCGAAAGGGUUUCCGCGUAACGCGAUUCAUUUGUCUCCUCUCUGAAAAACCUAGGGUUUCUUUCCGCGGAGGCGACACACCGUGCGACGGCGAAUUCCGGAGGUUUUCUCCAUCAAAUCGACUCUGUAAUCUCUUCUCGACGCUCUUAGAUGGAAACUCCCCGAGAACCUCAUUUCUUCAAGCCUCUUCUUCCUGGUUUUCACAGUGGCGUGGCAAUACCACUUGAAUUCUACUCAAAACACAUACAAGGGGCUGAGAUCAAUAAACCAUGGAAGCUAAGAUCGGACGCUUCGGAUCAAAUUUGGGAGGUGAUCCGAGAAGGCAGGACACUCACCAAAGGUUGGAAAGAGUUCACCGAAGCACAUGAUCUUCGAAUCGGUGACAUUGUCAUCUUCAAACACGAAGGAGACAUGGUCUUUCAUGUGACACCUUUUGGUCCUAGCUGUUGUGACAUUCAGUAUACACAUCCUCACAUCGUUAAGGAAGAAGCCGACGCGGAUGAUGCUCCUACUUUCUCAUACGACUACUGUUUCUUGGCUGAGGUUACUGCUACAAAUCAAAAGGACGACAAAAUGUUUCUUCCUGUGGAAGCUAUGAGGUGUGGUGCUUUGAACCAACAAUGCAAAGAGGUCAAACUUGUCAACAAGGAGGGAAAGUCAUGGACUGCGCGCUUCGGAUUUAGCGAAUCAGACGGCGCAUAUUACAUCAGCAGAGGGUGGAGAAAGUUCUGUCGUGAUAACAGAUGCACCAACGGAGAUUUGUUUGUGUUCAACGUGGUUGGAGACGGGACGACAACUCCAUUACUGUGUGUAUGUCCGGAAAGGAAGGAGUGUACUGAACUACUGAUCAAGCACUUCAGCAGAAUCGAUGGUAGCAUUGCUUCUACCUCACGAAAUUAGAUGGCUCUUUUGCGGUUUUUCCUCUCUAUCAUCUGAACUUGUUUCUUUUUGUUUCAUUAGCAACUUAUCAACUUAUGUAUUUCGGUUUGUAAAACUUGAAUGGUUUUUCUAUGUGAACUUUUAUGCUAAGUUAAACAUUCUCGAACUUAAUUGCUUUGUUGAAUGCGUAGACUGAUCAUCGAACAAAAUGUUUCUAUGAAUUGAAUUUAAGUUAAGAAACAACAUAAACUCCAAAACUCUAACAUACCUUUUCUACAUCUGAAAACACAAACCAAAAUAUUAAAACAUAUCUCAAAACCAAAACUUAAACUCCAAAACUAAAACAUAGGUUGAAUAAAAUGUUUUCAUAAAUUUUAUAAUAUAUUUUAAUAUUGUAUUCAUGUAUUCUGAAUAAUUUUAAAUUUUUUUAAAAAAUUAAAAAAUAUUAUUAUUUUAUUCCUAUGAACUCCUUCUUCGGGUUCACUAAUGCAGAAAACAACAAAUUCGGGUUCAUAACUGUUCAUGGACCCACAAAAAAAUAUUAAAAAAUUUUGGUGAACCCCUAAGUGGGG